CAGUUAUACAAUAAUUCACGGUGUAAUGUUCUUGCUCCGCUCCACAACAUUGAAGCACCUUUGUUCAUAACUGGACGUGCGAGGGGUUGGUAGUGAAUACAGCGGUUUACGCUUACCGCCACAGGUAUACAGUAUCCGAUUUACAUGUGGUCAUGCGAGACGGGUAACACUAUCCAGUGUUACACCGGUGUGUGAGUGACACACUCAUAGCGACCCCAGAGCUGAUAUAUUGCUUGACCGAACCAGAUAAGGGUAACCGUACGGGACAGGUGGCGCAUUUUUGCCCGGGGGUAUCUCUUCUUUUGUUAGCAGUGUCUUCCCCGCUGAGAAUUCUCCGACAGGUAUACGUGAUAAGAAGGGUGUAGACGCACAGGUAAACCGGUGUGUGACAGGUAUCAAUGUUGGUGAGGCUGUACUGUAGUCAGGACUGGAGUUAAGUAAACAAUACUUGAAACGACUUAACGACAUGGCCGUGUGAACUGUAGUUGUCUGUAUGGCGGAGGAGAAGGAGAGUCCCCCGGGUGAGACCAGCAACGGGCUGGACUCGAGCGGAGACGUCGCAGGUGAGAGCCCUGAAACAGGCGGGGAGACGAGCACAGGCGACCGGCAAACUGUUGACGAACUCCCGGUGGGAGACGCGAACGGAGCCGAUGAAGCCACCACAACACCAUCGCCUGUCCAGGCCACAACUACCAAUGACAGAGGUAUAAGCCCUCCUUCAUUCACUGUAACAGACGACAUAAACGGUUUAGUCGACACCGGUGUGGGGGACGAUGAGUUACCGGUAGGAAAUGGCGAGUUCCCCGAAGUCAGCCAGGGGCUGUCCCGAAAGGUGUCGUCGGCAGGAUCGGACUCCUCAUCGGGGUCGUCUUCGGGGUCGUCUCGGCCCGAGUCCCGUGUAGACUUGAGCCACCUAUGGGUACCGGAUCCUAAUGAAAGGCAUGGGAGCUCCAACGGGAGAAACUUAACUGGUCGGGACGAUAAAAAGAGAAUGGAGGCUCGGAAGAAACUCUUGUCGAUUAGACAGCCACAAGAAGAAGACACCAUGGACUCUAUAAGGAAGAGACUUGUAGAAGUAAACGGAAUGGUCAGCGGUCGUGGCUUCGUCUUACACACCUUAGACAAGAUGGGAGACUCCAAGAGAGCCCUAGUACACAAACUAGAAGAACUUCAUCCGAGAGAUUUCAAGAAAAUGUACACAAGUCACUUGAAGGGUCUGGCGAGGUUUCGACACGCUGUGGAGAUCCUCAUGAUUCUGGUCAACUGUAGCCGCUUCAGAAGAAGGUAUCACACGGAUAACAGUGCAGACACUGGAAUGCCCCAGGCUACCUCUGAUGACACAUCGUCAUCAUCAUCAUCAUCUCCAUUCAGCUCUAAGAACUACUCCAACAAAAGCAGCAUCGGGUGGGAGUUGGAGAUGCACCUCACCACUCCACCUGAGAUACGGAGCCAGGACCAGAUCAAAAAGAUCAUCAGAUACCUGAAGUCCACCAAACCAUUCUCUGUCUUCCCGACCGACAUGGAGAACGAAGUGGCCAGAUGUGUGGCCUAUGAAAGGUACGACAACGGCCGAGUGAUUGCCUUCCAACAGAGAAAACCCGAACGCUUCUAUUACGUCUUAACCGGCAGAGUCAACCUAGUGCGCCUGUACCAGUUCUCAGCGUCAAGCGAUGUCGCCAAGUCCAUGGGCUUCCUGGCCAAGGGCAAAAAUUCAAGUUCCGAAGAGAUGGAGAGCCAGUCCCCAGGAGAGUACACCAUGGUGUGUAAGGGACAGGUGGAGGUGCUACUGAUAGAACGGGAGUAUUACUUUUAUCUACAAAACGUCCAGUCGGAGCCACCGAUAGAUUUUCUCAGGACCCUCAAUCUGUUCCGAGACUUUCCAUGUGAACUGUUCCUAGAUAACAAGGAAGCGGUUAUACAGAGAUAUUACGGGAAGGACAAGUUAAUUCUGAAGGAGAACGCAGAGACAAAUUGGAUGUACAUCGUUAAAUCGGGGAAGUGCAAGUUGGUCCGGCGGCAGAGUGUAGAAAGCGCCAACAACUCCCACCUGUUCCGCGGGAAACGGCCAGAAGACGUGGCGUGCGGCCGGCCCUUCAGCCAUGCGGACAUAAUGAUGUCACAUCAACUUCAAGCGAAGAGAAAAACAACGUGGCCGCUCUACACUUCAAGCUAUAACUUUGAAGACGACCUGCUUGAGGCCAUGAAGGACCCGUUCCUCACGUCCUUUGCAAACAUCAACUCAAACAUCAACUCCAGAAAUCGUGUCAGAAAACCGAGAGGACGGAUCCACCUCCCUCCCCUGAGGCAUCCCCACAGCCCGGGGAGCGGUGAGACGUCGGCCCGGAGCCGUAGAUCGGAGGUGGGGAGGUCCCGGGUCGGGAAGCUGCCCCACGCGGACGGGGACAUUCAGCUCUUCUUACAGGACACCGUCAACGACUCUUGGAGGGGUGACGCGCCUUCAGUCAGACACGCGUACUUGCAACUGGGUUUCGUCGGUCCGGGCGAAAUCUUCGGUACUAGCGACCUGCUGAAGAAUUACAAGGACCCGGAUGACGAGUAUAAGGACGAGGUGCAAUCAGUCAGCUUGGUGAGUGAUGGAGCGGAGUUAGUUCUCAUCAACAAGAGGUUCUUCCUGAAGUACGCCAGUAACCAGGCACUUAUGAAGAUUCAGGCAGCACACAACGACGUUGUCUCGCCCGACAAGGCCACAGAGUCCCUGACCCAGCAGGACACGUGGGGACAGUACAAAAAAGUCAUCAUGAAGAAAACGAUGAGCCCAAACGGCGUCCUUUACCGGAGCUCAUUAUCAUGACAGAGCAAACUUCUGAUGCUGUGUUAGUGCAAUUGAAAGAAGACAAAAUAUGAUUCUAAUGUGUGCCAUAUAGAGUUGAUAUCGUAAAAUCUAUGGUUACCAUGACAACAAAGCAUUUAUAUGGUGAAUGAAAUUAACUGUACCAUACCAAGCAUUAUUCUAUGGUUAUCAUGAUGGCAACUUGCUGUAGCCUGCUGGUAUCAUGACAACAAUUAUAGUUCUGCCGCAACCAUGACAACCAUUCUAAUUCCCAACUAUUCUACAGUUACGGUGAUGACCGGUUUG